UCCUCUGUCCUCUCUUAAGAUAUAGCAAAUAUGCCAUUUCGCCUUAAAAACUUAUCUUUGUAUAAAUUAUAAUCAAAUACAUAUUGGACUUGCUAUCCAAGAAAUCCAACUUACCAAAAACCCUAAUUAAUCAGUUCCUCUAUAACGCAAGAAAUUACUAAAAUUGGGAAGAGAGGGAAUCAGUAACCUUGUCUUUUCUGCAGAUGUUGAAAGGUUCCAUCACCAAUUUGAUCCUGUUAUAUUCAAUAAGUUGACAAGGGAUUUCUCAUUUUGGAGUUGUUACCAUGAGUUCACAAAACAAGGACUCUGCAAGCUCAACCGGAAGCUCACAGGAGCAGCAAAAGCCGCCUCAGAUUGAGCCCAUUCGGUUGCCUACUGUUGAGGAAAUGCGCGGCCAAGAUAUAUGGAAUAACUGUGCUGUUCGUAGCGUUGUCAGCGGAGUGAUGGGAGGAGGGCUCGGGUUGUUCAUGGGUCUAUUUCUUGGGGCACUUGAUAAUCCUUUGAUGCAAGAAGAAAUGACUGGUAGGCAGAUGUUUAUAUACCAAGCAAAGCAGAUGGGUAGAAGGAGCUGGAGUUCAUGCAAGGCCUUUGCUCUUAUGGGUUUGGUUUUCUCAGCUGCUGAGUGCGUUGUUGAGAAGGCCCGUGCAAAGCAUGACACUACUAAUACAGUUGUUGCAGGCUGUGUAACUGGUGGCACGAUAUCUGCCCGAGGUGGUCCAAAAGCGGCCUGUGCUGGUUGUGCUGGCUUUGCUGCAUUUUCAGUCUUGAUAGAGAAAUUUUUGGACAGACACGCUUGAUGAUGGAAAUUAUUGAUUCAGUUUUGCAGAGAUAUCAGAUAAUUAGCCACAGUGGGAUGUUUCUCAGACACACCUAGUAAACAUUGUCAUAAUCUUCAUUUUUGUUCAGCUACAUUCCCUUCUUAGUUUUAGCCCAUUCAUUGCGGAUGUAAAGGGAUUACAAGCUGUCAAUUGGGUAACAAUAUGACCUGAUUCUAUUCAUGCUUCUACUCAUUGUCUCAUUAAUGAAAUAGCUAGAAUGGGAAUUGAAAGUAGUAUACUGGGAGAGCUGACCAGGAAAAGCAUGCUAGUUUUAAUGUUAUUUUGUUGUUUAUUGUUCUUUUGCUUCAUGUUUCUUCACAUUUGUGCUGUAAGAUCCCUUCGAGGAAGAGAAAUAAGCUGUUCAGCUGAAUAUCUGUAACGAAUGUUCAAGUAUACUGUUGAACUAUAACUUAGAGACGUUGCCCUGUACCUUAACAUAUAUAAUUUCGCAUGGCGGUAUGAGCUUGAAAUUAACA